AUGGCUCAGAGUUCAGUUGACUCAGACAGACUAUCCUCAGCCGGUAUUUCAACUCAUAGUUCUGGGACAGCUGGGACUGUUGGUGGCUCUGUGGUUGGUGUGAGGCCUGGAGAUGCAGUCCUGAAAAGAGAAGAUGAAGAUGAAUACAACUUAGGACCAUUACCUCCAAUGUGGGAGAAGGCAUUCACACCUUCAGGCGAAGUGUAUUUUAUAGAUCAUAACUCUGGUACUUCACACUGGCUAGACCCACGACUGGCCAGAGUCCGAAAACAUUCCUUAGGAGAAUGUGGUGAAGAUGAGCUUCCAUUUGGUUGGGAAAGAGUUACCGAUGAAAAAUAUGGAUCUUAUUAUGUGGACCAUAUCAAUAGGACGACACAAUAUGAGAAUCCUGUACUAGCAGCCAGAAGAUUAAGAGCGGAGAAAAUGUCUCCAGAAAACGGUGGCAACAGCCAAUCUAAUGGACCAACUCCUACGGGAGAACUCAGAGGCGAAAGAUUCACUGUAACUCUCACUAAAGGCACUCAGGGUUUGGGCUUCACGUUAAUCGGCGCUGAAGGUAUACCGGAGACUGAGGGCUAUCUUCAAAUCCGCAGCAUCGUACCACAUAGUCCUGCGUGGAUUGAUGGUGCCCUCCGUCCUGGCGAUGUAGUCGUAGGAGUCGGCAAUCGUGGGGUACGUGGACUGUCUCAUGCUCACGUUGCUCAAGUCUUCCAGUCUAUCACGCCCGGUACUGAAGUCACUUUGCACCUUGUCAGAGGGUAUCCUUUGUCAUUCGACUCUGAAGACCCCAAUACCCGCGUGCUGAGCACGUUGGCAGUGGACGCCACUACGCCGGCCACUUCUGAUGCUGUUGCUAUGCAGCAGCUGACGAGAGCACUUCGGACGAGAUUCAACCUAGACUCUCCGAACCACGAGUCUAACCAGGGCCGUGACAAAACGGAUGGUGGUACAAUGCCAGCACCCCACAGCCCGGGACAAAGACGGAUGAUGUCCAGGUCCUUCGACCUUGAUGAGCUGACCAUUGAUGACAACAACCAGGAACUACCGAGGUGUCCAUCUUUGGACCAUGUACUUUCUUUAGCUAAUGAGCACACAUCUCGAGCGGAUAGCAACGCUAUGGGCGGUGCUGGUCGCGAAUUUACUCUUACUUUGAGGCGGGGGAACGCAGGGUUCGGGUUCACUAUAGCUGAUAGUGUGCAUGGACAAAGAGUCAAAAAGGUCCUUGAUCGCAGUCGAUGUGCUGGUCUCCGUGAAGGGGAUCUGUUGCUUCAAAUUGGUGACACUGACGUUCGGCAUGCUCCACACCAACAUGUUGUUCAGCGAAUGUCUGUAUAUACCGAGGCGUGCAUGGCCCCAGGUGCUGAAGGAGUGCCCGGCGCUGCACGAGACGACGCUGCGCGUGUGGCGCCGCAGCAGCGCCGCGCGAGCCCCGCGCAGCCGCUCCGCCACGCGCCUGCCGCCCGCCGCACCCUGAUCUUUUCAGCUGCAUCAAACAACAAUAACCAGUUGAUGAGAAGUAAAACACCUACAGCUGAACAGUUGAGAUCACCCAAUCUCCAGAGCCAAGAUGAGCUAAGAGAUCGAUUAAAUGGAAUGAACUCAGUUGAAGCUACGUAUGCAGUGCCGGAACAUAAGAAUCGUGAACGUGAAAGCCUCUUAGACCGCCGUAGACGAAGCAGCACCCCGGGUGGUCGCCUGACCUUACCCGUCAUAGCGCCGUGGUCAGAAACACAACCUGAAAACCAAUGGCAAGAAAGAGAGACGUGGGUUGACAACUCCAACAUACGAAACUGGGCUGAAAACGCACAGAAAUGGGAUGAGAAUGGACAAAAGUGGGAUGACAACGGCCAAAAGUGGGAUCAAAAUGGACAGAAGUGGGAUGAAAACGGUCAAAAGUGGGAUCAGAAUGGCCAGAAAUGGGAGAAUGGUCAAAAAUGGGAUGAGACCAGUCAGAAAUGGGUGGAAAAUGUUCAGAGGUAUGAUGACAGUACCAAUGGUAACAGAUGGGUUAGUAAUGAAAGGUGGGAAAACGGGAAUUGGGGCGAGGUUCCCACCCCUACUGUACAUGUCGACAUGAAUGCGGCUUAUUGGAGAGGAAAUGCGAGUGUAGCGGAUAGCAGCGACAAUGGAGGUUUUCCUGAAGAUGGUAUGCUGCAUUCUCUUACAACUGCUGCCAUUGGUGGUCUAUCAAUCCACAGACAGUCUCCAUCGUCUAACCGAAUAAGGCCACAUUCACCAUCCAAUUCUACUGGUCGACUAAGAAGUCACUCGCCAUCAAACAACAGUGCCACAGAUCGUCUCCUAUCUAAUUCACCGUCCACUCGGCAGAGUCAGUCACCAUCAAACAAUUCGUCUAAUAGCAGAAUAAAAUCAUCACCGCUUAGGUUACGAGAAACAUCGCCAUCCCGACAGUCGCCAUCUUGCCUAGAAAAUGAUGCUCAUGCGCAACCCAGUCAAUUGUACGUCGCCAACUACCCUCAGGUGUCAGGAGGCGGCGCGAAAGACCCUUCAGCAGAUGUAAUAGUAAGAUUAGCUCGGGGCGCGGCUGGUUUCGGGUUCCGUAUCGUCGGCGGUACGGAGGACGGUAGCCGAGUCGCUGUCGGAUAUGUAGUACCUGAAAUUAGAAGUACUAUUACUCUAAAUACAAAUAUUGGCGAGACACUAGUGACAGUGUCAGCGAUAGUCAACGGGAAUAAAGAUUUUUUGUAG